UCAGACUUAACCCUUUCCCUUCCUAACGUGGAAGCUCGUGUGCAGGUGAUCCUAAAACAGAAACCAAAUAACGUUCAAAACACAUUUUUAUCAUAGUGUCAUAAAAAUCCCAGUGAAGUCACUGCAGCUGACGGGCUGCAAUACCUCCACACAGCCACCAGGCGAAUGUAGUGACUGUGCAGAUUUGACCCAAGGAGAUAAAAAUAAACACCAUAAACUACAGCAGACACCUUCCUACGGAGAUGCAUAGUAAAAGCCACGCUGUGGCAUUUUUACAGCAGACUGAGUGAACCAUUCAAACCCUACGGGACUUUCCAAAGAGCUUCAUUUCCUCUUCCUCCUCCUCCUCCUCCUCAUCAGCUGCUCUUUACUUAUUAAUCAGCUCUAAUGGCUCGCUGUCUGAACGCUGAAUCCUCGUGCAUUACCACUGAAAUCCAGUUCCCUGUCCAAAAUAUUGCCUACUGUUUUUUUAACAGUAGAAAGUUGUGCUCAAAAGUGCAGAGGGAUGAUAUCAGAAAAUGCUGAGUGAAAAGUCAUUACCCAACUGAGACGGAGAAAGGUGCCUGGGUGGACUAAGCAGGAUCUGCAGGAAAUACCAGCUCCACCUUGACAGAACAAAGGCCAGGACUGACAGAGACAACAAAGGCCUGAAGUGCACUGGAAUCUACAGUUUACAGAGCACAGGGGAACAAUAUAGGGGAACAGUGAGUUGUACUUUUGAAUAUAACCGAUUAACUCUCACUAACAGGAUUUAGAACAGGAAGACUGGCUGUACAGUACUUUUCAAGAGUGCUUUAAUUCAACAUGACGCCUCGUUCACCACUUCCAGCCUGCCUCCUCCUUCCUCUCCUCUCUGUUCUGCCACCCUGUGUCUUUAUUUCUCCUGAAAACAGAUGCCUGAACUCCUUUUGUUUCCUAACAAAGGCCCGUCGAGGUCAGAGCACAGAGAAGCAAGUAUGGGAACGCAGAGGGGGGAGGUGAGAGGCCAGGCCCGGUGUAUAAAACAACACACAAUCCUGCACAGCAGUGACGUCCUUCUGUAAAGUUUUGUUUUGUGACAUGUACAUGUUUGUGUAAAGCAUUAUGUGUAAAGUCAGAGCAGGAAUCAAGUCUUGGGCUUCAAAAAAAAGAAAAAAGAAAAAAAGGCCAAACGUCAUUCCGGUUUGGCGUCAACUCAUCGUUGCUGCCAUCUACUGGUACUACAUCAGCUCUACCCGUGGUGUUUUCUGUCAUCACUGUGAUGCUUCAUUUCCUAUCGAUUGAUUGUUCUUUUCCUGGAGAAGGUGACGAGAAGUGCCUCUGGAUUUAAACCGGUGACUUGGUGAUGUCUCAUGGAGAUGUGGGGGUCGGGGAGGGAGGGGUUUCAAGAAGAGAUGAUGAUGCUGCUGUAUUUGGAAAUGCUCUAGUUUCCAUAAAUAUAUGUUAUAAAAAUAGAAUUACCAGACACUGUCCAACUGAGUGAUUACUCACGUGAAAUAAGUGAUUGACAUUGAAGGCAUCACCGAAAUAGGUUUAAAAAGUCGGUAAGGAUUCAUGAUAUUCAAGAGCAUCUGGAAGGUGAAAAAACACAAGUGUGAUGACGAUGUUCAGAGAUCCUCCUCACAGCCAGAGUAAUGGACCAGCAGACGAAACAAAAACUGGAUCCUCCAGGACACAGGCAGAACAUGAUGUAAUCUGACCACCAACAGACAGGACUGAACUGGACUGAACAGGUUUCCAGUGAUUUGUUAAACUAAAAAUGUCCCAUUUUAACAGCCUAUUAUCCAAAUUAGAUUUUCAAAAAAAAAAUCUCUUUAAGACUUUACCAACUCAAGGAAAAAUAUUAAUUAUAAUUCAUUUAAACAUGUAUUUGAACUUUCAUUCAAAAAUUAAUUUUGUGAUUGAAAAGAUGUUACUACCAGGGCUGUCAAUCAAAAUAAUUUGAUUAAUCACACGAUUAAUUUUUCAUGAAGUCUUUAAAAAUCACUUCUUUGAACCACGUUCUAAGCUGACGCUGCAGAAACAGAGCUGUAAAGUGGAGUGUGUUGUGAGCUGGGAGCAGAAACACAGUGCAACAGUUCUGCACCAGUAUUGUUCCACACUGUGUUGCUAUUUUAAACCAUGCAGCACCAACAUCUCCUCGCAGAGACACGAGUGCUACGUUUCUCCUUGUUCUAAUAAAUGUGUUGCCCUUCACUGCAGACCACCACAGGUCAGAUAAGGUAUGAGCUGAAUGCAGUAGGUUUGUUUUUUUAGUACAAUUAUAGUGUGUAUUUAUUUAUUUAUUUAAAUAUAAGGGUAAGUCAAAAAGUUUUGAGAUAUAUGAUAUUUUACAUUGGUCUGAUUCCAAUGUGUGUGAUUUAAUGACUACAUCUUCGCAAGGAGUUGAGCUGUGCUUCCUUUUGGUUGAUCAGGAUUUCACCAACUCAACAACAACAAAAACAACAACAACAACAAAUGAACAUUUUUAACCAAAAUUGUUACAGAAAACAUUUAAAAAAUAAAUAAAAAAUGUAAUGUAUUCAAAAACUGAAAGAACAUUUGAGAGCCCUUUUUUUGGUCCUUAACAAAGAAUUCUACAAAGAAUCAUUCACAGACUCAAAUUUAGUAUACAGAGUUUGCUACUUCAAUAAAUAAAGACUUUUCUUUUCAGUUUGUACUACAGUUGACUUUGCAGUGGUGUCUUUGAGGCAGGCAAAAUUUCAAUCUCUCAGGAAAUAAUUCCCUCCUUAAAUAUCUCAAUUUUUUGCAGUACUAAGGCGUUGCACUCUCUCCAUUGCGAUCACUCUGUUCCUUUUUUCUCUGAUUGCGUAACCAGGCCUUUCUUCAGGUUUCCAUGAAGAAGCAGCCACUAUUAUUUGGGCUGUUUAUUCCGAGUGCCCUUGGCUUGUGUGAAGGAUGCUGAGGCAGCUGUGUGGUAUGCUCUUGUUCCUGCUCUGGAGGGAUUGUUUCAGAACUCAUUCACAUUCUGCAUGCAAUGUCCUUUAAAGUGUGCUCCUUUGAAGCGUCCUCAUACUAAUAUGUGAGACGUGGAUGCUGUAUGUUUGGGCUGUUGUCGAAGACUCAUUAUCGGGAUCUGUGAAUCACACGUAAUAACCACGUACUGCAAACAGUCGUGAUAACGCCAGAAACUGGUGAGCCGUGUUCACCUCUGACUCACUCCUUUACGAACUCCCGAGUGGAGAGUAAAUGUCGGAGCCUGCAGGUGUAUUUUUUAAUGAUUUUUUUCUAAUGAGUUUGCACUGUGAGGGUUGAGCACGUACACAAAUACACCUGAAAACCAUAGAAAAAACUGGAACUGGCAGGAAGGAAAGGAACCCCCAAACAGCCACUGUCACAUGACCAAAAUGCAUUAAUUUCAUCUACGAGCGGUAUCCAUGACUACAGCGAUUUAAGGCAAUUAUUUGGACACUCUGUCCACUAGCUUAUUCCUGCACUUAGCCAUAAUGAGGUGACAGCACACCUGCACGAGGUGUUAAAAAUAGACUGAACUGUUUCUGUAGGUAUGAAUGGAUCACAGAGAGGUCAGGUGGAGCUCAGGGGGCCGGGGGACUCGUCUCCUCCCCAGAGGGACUGGGUUUGGAACAAACUGUUUGUAGUCAUGUCCCUAAACCUCCCAGGUUGUCCCAUCAUCCACCAUUCACACAGAAAUCAUCCCAUACAGAAAACAACAUUUUUGUAAAUCCUUUUUACCAUUUAAGUUUCAUGUGGAAAACAGUAUCACAUUAGAGAAAAUUCAGUUUUCUCUGAGGAAGAUUACAGCACCUCUCAGUGUGAAGAGCGUUCCAGACACACGGAGAGGGGGAGAGAGACGGAUCCUUUGUGUUUCUAUAAAAGGACUGAGGUCUGGAUGACAGGCAGUGACGCAGACUCUCCUGUGCCUGCCGGGGUGUAUAAAAGGCAGACACUUUUCUCAGUUUCAGCAGAACACAUGUACAAGGUUCCCGGAGUGGUCAGAUUGCAGAAGACUCGGUGAACAGAGAUGCUGGAGAGAACAAAGAGAUGAACACAACUGAAAAGCUUCAUCUUUCAGUUGAUGGCAUUUUCGAAAUGUUCAGCUCCUUCACUUGGCAUCAGCAAUCACACGUCACAAACCCACAUCUGUCUGUGCAACACCCUGAAGUCUCAACGCCCUCCAAGACUGGCAUGGGCAUUAUUGAGACUGUUAAAGGCUGCUGGAGACAACAAGAGAAGACCAUUUCUGAAAGAAGAUCCUCCAGUUCUGGGAGACAACACAGGUCAACCCAUCGACUUCCCAAGAGGUCCAUGGAUCUGCUGGAGAUGGGACUGACCAAGCCCAGGAACUGUUGCAGACUGGUGGUGCUCGGAGGACCAAACGUUGGUAAAACCAACAUCCUCCAUCGGUUCCUGGAUCAGGAAUUUGAGGAGAGGUAUCAACCGACGUCUGAGGACUUUUACAGAAAGCUGUUCCACAUCGGAGGAGAGUCAUACGAGCUGGACGUUCUGGACGCCUCCAGUGAGAGGGACUUCCCGGCCAAGCGGCGGUUGUCCAUUCUGACAGGUGACUUAUUUCUGCUUGUCUUCAGUCUGGACAACAGUGAUUCCUUCAGUCAAAUAUGUGAGCUUUUGAAGGAGAUCAAAUCUGCCAAGACAAAGUUACUCAAAUUAAAACAUCCGGUGAGAACACCGGUGGUCGUGUGCGGUAACAAGUCCGACUUGGCAGCUCAGAGAACCGUGAGCCGGUCCACAGUGAUAGAAACUCUCGGUGAUGACGUCUGCUUCUUCGAAACGUCCGCUAAAGACGGCUCAGGUCUGGACGGUAUGUUCAGAGCUCUUGCUUCCCUCGGAGAACUUCCGGAUGAGGCGAGUCCGAACCGGCAUCAGAUCGUGUCCUUCCUCACCUACCAGUCGAUGUGCGUCGGCCAGAGAGGGAGGAAGGGGAGCAGGACGCGGGUAACCGGUGUGCCUUGCGCGGCUGUGGAUCCCACAGCGCGGCGGCCGAGUUUCACCAGCGACCUGCGGAUGGUGCUUGGAUCAAGCACCAAACACAGUAAACCAGAGAAGUGUCAGAUUCAAUGAAUCGUGUGACUUCUCGUGCAAACCAAUUGUAGUAGUAUGCUGCAAUGUCUUAUCAUGUAUGGAGUUAUACUCUGCAGCACUUGGCCGGACCAGUGCAUCCAUCUGUGUACAGAACUAUGUUGACUGUAAUGAAUUAUAAUAAAACAGUUUCUAAUUGUCAUAUGUUGGUUGAUUGAAUCCAAUGAGUCACUGUCUCUUCACUGUUACUCAUCAGGCGAUGGCAACAAGUGUCUUUGAGGAGUGGCGGGGCGGGGAGGUUCUAAUAAUGAUGCAAAACCUACGUAUGUGGGAGAGCGAUGACUCAAACACAAACCUUGAACGUCUCCUAACAUCCGAGAGACUGUUGACACUUCCGGACGCCCACGAUUUCGUUCAUGAAAGUGGAGGCUUUGCUGUGACAAUGGCUGACCACAGGCGACAUGGUAUUUACAACAGAUAAUUAGCAUAAAGUGAGGAGGUGGGUGAGAUAGACGAGGUGAUAGAGAGAUCUGAGAAAUCAGCACCAUGGAUAGAGACCACCGCUCUCUCUAACGAGUGACACAAAUUCACAUAUGAGUGAGAUUUGUUUUUCAGGUCCAUUAUGUCCACUCAUAAAAACUUACUUUAAUUUGAAUAAGUCAUACAGUAAAGGCUGAGGAUAUUAUCUUUUUUCUUCUUACACAAAAUGACAACGAAACAUUAAACUCAUCCCAAAACACCAAGGACGCAUAUACAGUAUUUUGAAAUGUGAGACUAUUACUACUAUAAAUAGUUUCACUGACACACCAUAAAUAUUUAGAGUAGGAAAGCUUAAAAAAAAACAGAAUGCCAGAAUGAGUAACAAAGAAUUCACCGACUGAAUUAUUUUUGAAAUGUUGAAUUAAACAGAGAAACAAAAGGAGUUUCUAUUUUGAGAAGGACAUUAAUUCUGAUGAGUCAUUACAGUGCAGUAGCGUAGCAGCAGACCUGGGUAGCAUUACAAAUUACAAAACGACUGGUGAAAGGGUAAACAGUACGUUGCAGAUGAGAUGCACGACAGAAUAGUCAAUUAUGGCGAGACAGUUUUUUAUUUAUUUGGUUUGAGUAAUUCUUUUUGCAUCAAAGCAGCUGAAGCUCUGGGGGAAAAUCUUUCCAGUCUGGCUGAGCCAUCAACAAACAAAAAAAACAAGUCAUAGGAGGAAACUGUGGGAUUAAGUUUGACUAUAAGGAUUAGAAAUAUUAAAAAAUGAUUAUUUUAAUGUAAGAAAUUGUGAAAAC